AUGGCCGAACAAAUGAACCCUACCAAUAUUUCUGCAAUGGCAGUUGAUGACCAACCUUUUAAUGGUCAACAUGAAGAGCAUGAACUAUCACAUUCUACCCAGCUUGACAGCACAACUCGAAUCACAAAUGCCAUGGAAGAUCUGUCGGUUGACUAUCCUGAGGACUCACAAGAUAACUCUUUUGAUCCUUCUCUGGAGAUUACCUCGGCCUAUGAUAAUGAUGACUGGGAGCAACAAGAACGUUCUUUGCUGGACGAUCAAGGCCAGCCAGCUUUGAGUCGAUCUUCUUCACCUUUUCCUCCAAGCACGGUCAAGAGAAAUACAGUCAACUUGGAAGGGGAUACUACACAUGCAAAGGGAUUCUUCAACACUGGGGAUAUUAGUGAUAUUAAAGAACUCAAGGUUGAAGGUCAGCUCCCCGAAUGGCUGACUGGAGAGCAUUUCACAGUUGGUCCAGGCACAUAUGAAGUUAAAUAUACGCGUAAGAUCGAAAUUGACGGCUUCCUUCAGAGUGCGACCGGUAACUUUUCCUUUGGUCACUGGUUUGAUUCACUACCACUUGUCAACAGACUCGAUUACAAUGGGUCGCGCAAUACAAUCACUUAUCGCAACAAAUUAACAUGUCGUCGUAUGAUUGAGAAGCUGAGAGAUCACCAUGGAUAUGCGCCUUGUCAUCCUGCUGGUCUAUUCAAGACUGAUAGUAACCAGACUGUUCUUGUCAAGUUUAUUAAAUCAUCCACCAAGGCAACCAAGCCUGAUGGUGAACCCUGUGGUGCACGUAUUAUGCACAGUAUUCCUGGUAUUGAUGGGCGUCUCUUUUGCCAGAACAUGGCAAACCAUAUUCAAGAACUGGAUCCUUUUGAUUUGAAGCCAACACGUGUUUUGACUACACAAGAAAUCAAUCCUGCCUUUAAGGGAUACAACUCUUGCCCAAAUCCACAGGUGGAUGCACGCACUGGAGAAUACAUAAACUUUACAAUGGAUAUUGGCUACAGCUCCACGAGCUAUCAUUUCUUUUCACUCUCUGCACAAGAUCCCAAGGGACACAUCAUUGCAUCUAUUCACAAUGCACCUACUGGAUACGUCAACAGUUUUGCACUGACUGAAAAGUACAUUGUUCUGUUCGUAUUUCCUCUGCUGGCAAACUCUGGUGCUGUCAAAUAUGCAUGGAAUGAAAGCAUCAUGGAUUCCUUUACCUUUUGCCCCACCGAACCUACUUUAAUUUAUGUCAUUUCAAGAAGUGAGAAUAAGCAUGUAGCCACUUACCGUACAGACCCUUGCUUUGCAUUCCAUCAUGUGAAUGCAUUCGAUGAUGAUAACAAUAAUGUAUUUGUUGAUAUUGUCUGUUAUCCCGAUGAUACCAUUGCAAAUCAGCUUACUCUGGAGAACCUCCGUAAUCCAGAGACAAUGAAACCUGCACAAUUAGCCAAAUCUGAAGUCAGGCGCUACAGACUUAACAAUGUUCUUGAUGCCAGUAAAGUAUUUAAUGCUAACAAUACCAUUAUUCCUACAACUUCCAGUAUUAGCUCACGUGUAUCAUCCCUGUGGGGAUAUAUGCGUGGAGCACAAUCUGUGCCUGGUGCAACAAAUGACGAAGAAAGUAGAGCUUUUGCUACAGGCUCUUCUGGAUGGCAUUCGUGGAUCCCUUUGGCUGCCUAUGAUAAGCGCCUUGAGCAUCCUAUUGAACUGCCUCAGGUGAACCCUUUGUAUAAGGCACGACCCUAUACAUUUAUUUAUGGAAUUGGUUUCUCGCCAAAUACAGUUAAUGAGAAUGGAAAGAUAUGGGACAGCAUUGUAAAAACUAAUGUUAAUACCAAUGCGGUUGUUGCUUCAUGGCAUGAAGAGUUUUGCUUUCCUAGCGAAGCUAUCUUUAUUCCCUCGCCAAAGGGCGGAGAAAAUGCAGUAGAAGACGACGGUGUUCUUGUAAGCAUUGUUAUGAAUGCUGCACUUGCCACUUCAUUUGUACUUGUUCUGGAUGCCGUUACUCUCGAAGAACUUGCCAGAGCAGACCUUGAAUUCUUGGUGCCUUUGAGUUUUGCUCAUGGUUCCUACAAGCUUCGAAAUUAGGAUUCUCCCAUGUUUCUCCUUUAAAAGCUCGUUCUCUUUCUAUUUUUUUUAUUUUUCUAUAUCUUCAUUCAUCCCUGUCUUUUUCUGUCUAUAUACGCCUCUAUUCACUACAAAAAUUGUUCCAACCCUUUCUUCCACUUUGAAUUCAAUUGUGCUUUGACAGCUAACCAAGUAAAGAAAAUAGCAGUCAUGAGCGUGCCUUUUUGGAUG